AUGGCACUACUUUUACACACAUGGAUGAAUCCAAGGCAUGAUGGUGCAGAAGAAGAGGGAGUAACGUACCCUACGAAACAACUGCUCCACUCUCUUACCUACCGCAGAAAGGUCCCACGACCUAUUGUUAACCUUUUGAAGGAGAAAAAAGAAAACAAAAUAAUGGGUAGCCUUGAAGAGGAAAGAACGACAGUGGGAUGGGCAGCAAGAGACCCUUCUGGGAUUCUCUCUCCGUACACUUACAAUCUAAGAAACACUGGCCCUGAUGAUGUUUACAUCAAAGUUUACUACUGUGGAAUUUGCCAUUCUGAUCUCCACCAGAUUAAAAACGAUCUUGGCAUGUCCAAUUAUCCCAUGGUCCCCGGACACGAAGUGGUUGGUGAGGUACUGGAGGUGGGGUCUAAUGUUAGCAGGUUCAAAGUUGGUGAGGUGGUUGGAGUGGGACUCCUCGUAGGUUGCUGUAAAAACUGCAGGCCAUGCCAAUCAGACAUUGAGCAAUAUUGCAGCAAGAAAAUUUGGUCUUACAAUGAUGUUUACAUCGAUGGAAAGCCCACUCAGGGUGGCUUUGCUGAAACCAUGAUCGUUGAGCAAAAGUUUGUGGUGAAAAUUCCCGAGGGUUUGACGCCAGAGCAGGUUGCACCUUUGUUGUGUGCGGGUGUGACUGUGUACAGUCCACUGUCACAUUUUGGGCUGAAAGAAAGAGGGCUGAGGGGUGGAAUAUUGGGGCUAGGAGGAGUGGGACACAUGGGGGUGAAGAUAGCAAAGGCACUGGGACACCAUGUGACUGUGAUAAGUUCUUCUGAGAAGAAGAAAGAGGAGGCACUUGAACACCUUGGAGCUGACCAAUAUCUUGUUAGCUCUGAUACCACUGCUAUGCAAGAAGCUGCUGAUUCACUUGACUACAUCAUUGACACAGUGCCUGUUGGUCACCCUCUUGAGCCUUAUCUCUCCUUGCUCAAACUUGAUGGCAAGUUGAUCUUGAUGGGAGUCAUCAACACCCCUCUGCAAUUUGUUUCCCCCAUGGUCAUGCUAGGGAGGAAAUCAAUAACUGGAAGUUUCAUUGGGAGCAUUAAGGAGACAGAGGAGAUGUUGGAGUUCUGGAAAGAGAAGGGACUGAGUUCUAUGAUUGAAGUGGUAAACAUAGAUUACAUUAACAAGGCCUUUGAAAGGUUGGAGAAGAACGAUGUGAGAUACAGGUUUGUUGUGGAUGUUAAAGGGAGCAAACUUGAUCAGUAA